GGAAUCAAACCCCAAAAUUUAAUUAUGUUCUACUAGGUUUCAGUCGCAAGAAUGACGAAUCUAGCCGAUUAGAGGCAUCAUCCCACAUAGAGUCGACCAAACCGCUGUUUCUCUUUACGUACGAGGUUUCCAUGUUGGAAAGUUCCAUUCAGGCCCCAACUUAAAAUAGAAUCCGAAAAUCAAAAGUUAAGGCCCCUCUCUCCCUUCGAAAGAAGCUUUCAAGUCCAAAGUCCCUCCUUGGCUCCUCCCUCGCUCCAACAUACUCAUCUUCCUUUGUCUGCGAAACCCAUCUCCCUUUCUACACUUCACCAAUACAGAGAUUCCAUAAAUAUCUUCUCCAGCCGCACACCCCACACCCCCCCCCCCCCUCCUCUUCUCUCUUUCCCUAUCUCCAUAUCUCCGCUGUAUCUCUGUAGCUCCAUUAUUGCCAAUUGCAAUGCUUUAGAAACAGUGCAGCCUUCUGGUGGUCCUUGUUAUGGGCUAUGAACUUUCAGAUAGUAGUGGUACUGAUGAUGAUUUACCUCCACAUCAAAAUACAAUUCCAAAGGGAGAAAGAGUUGUAGGAAACGGAAGAUCUGUUGUUGGUUCUGCUGCAUAUUCUAGAAUGCAUACUGACAUGGAGGCUCAAAUUCAUCACCUUGAGCAAGAAGCUUACAGUGCUGUAUUGCGUGCUUUUAAGGCUCAGUCUGAUGCCAUUUCUUGGGAGAAGGAGGGUUUAAUUACAGAACUUAGGAAAGAGCUCAGAGUAUCAGAUGAUCAACACAGAGAGCUUCUAACCAAAGUUAAUGGGGAUGAGAUCAUCAGAAGGAUCAGGCAGUGGAGACAGGCAGGUGGCCACCAAAUUGCUAGGAGCAGUGCAUCACAACCAGUUCAUGAUGUUGUACACAGUCCCAGUGUUUCAGGCUCCCAUAAAAAACAGAAGACAUCCCAAAUGCAGGGUCAACCAAUGCCUGGUUUGUCCUUUAUGAAGUAUAUGCAGAACCCUUCUACAGGUCCUGCUGGAAAUCAUCAUUAUGUUAGCCAUAGUUCUUCUGGAGCCCUUGCUGCAAAUGAACAUGCUGAACCAGCAAGUUCUGAUCCAUUAAUUGGAAGGAAAGUGUGGACAAGAUGGCCAGAGGACAACAGCUUUUACGAGGCUGUCAUAACUGAUUACAACCCUGCUGAGGGCCGACAUGCUCUAGUCUAUGAUAUGAAUACAGUUAACGAGACAUGGGAAUGGGUUAAUCUCAAAGAGAUAUCUCCAGAGGAUAUCCAAUGGGAAGGUGUGGAUCCAGGAAUUUCUCUUCUUGGUGCCCAUGGUGGGCCAGGCCAUGGAAUCAAGAAAUCCAUGAGACAUGUCAGUUAUCCUAGUGGUGGAAGAGGGAGGGGAUCCAUAAAGGGUGAAUCCAGGAGAGAAUUUCUGCCAACACAGAAUGGUUUUACAAAGAAAGUUUCUAAUGACAUUGAAUUAUUCAACACAGAGACGUUAGUUCAGGAGGUGGAGAAGGUUUUUGCUUUGAGUCAUCCUGAUUCCCAUGAACUUGAGAAGGCAAAAAGGAUGCUGAAAGAGCAUGAACAGGCACUUGUCGAGGCAAUUGCAAGGCUUGCAGAUGCAUCUGAUGGUGAAAGUGCAUCCAGGUGCUUGGAAAACAAGUUUAGGGUCAUAGGUGAACACCAAUUCUUGCAUGGCCAAGCAAUGGACCAGGGAUAGAAGCUGAGAAAAAGAAUUUGGCAGAAAACUUCAAUGAUGUUCAAAGGGCGGGGACAUGGUUGUUGAACUGUUAAUUUAGUGAUCAAAUUUCAUCAACCAGGCAAGAUUGUGUGACAUUGUUUUUCGAUUUUUCUCAUUCCUUUUACCUGGUUGGAUUUGUGCCUCUUAUCUAUUCAUUAGAGAUUUCCAUACUUGUAACACAAAUAUGCACACACUUAGAAAAUAGCCACUUGCUUUUUACCUUUAUGGGAGACGCAAAAACUUCGUAGAUAGUGAUAUCUUCAAAUUUAAUUGAGCUAGUUGUUUCUAAUGAAAUGCAAGAGUCGUAAAGAUUUGAUUUUUGA